AUCAGUUGAAUAUAGACGCUUGCAGUGACAAGAUCUAUUUUCGUGUGUUAAAUACAGUUGAACGCAUCAAACGCGAAUUCGGUAUACAAAAAAAUUAGAACCUUUAAAUACAUUUUUCUUAUAUAGAUGCCUAUAUAUAUAUAUAUAUAUAUAUAUAGCUUUUGCUUGUUGUUGAUUUCAGAUUUAUAUAAAAACUAAGCCAUGGCACCACCGGCAUUACUUAGCAAGGAGAUACCAGAUAUCGAGGUAGAGUCUGAUGGCCUUAAAUCCUCGUGUCAAGACACAAUGUACGGUUGUACCAACCGCUGAAACGAAGAUCAACAAAAAGCAUUGGAAGCGUAACAAUGAUCGCAAUCCAACCGGCUGCUCGAAGCUUUUGAAUAACUUUGAUGAUGUUAAGCACACCACGCUCUCGGAACGAGGCGCUCUCAAAGAGGCAGCACGUUGCCUAAAGUGCGCCGACGCACCUUGCCAGAAAUCAUGCCCCACUCAGUUGGACAUCAAGAGCUUCAUUACCAGUAUUGCCAAUAAAAACUACUAUGGCGCCGCAAAGGCUAUAUUUUCAGAUAAUCCACUGGGUUUGACCUGCGGCAUGGUGUGCCCAACUAGCGAUUUGUGCGUUGGUGGUUGUAAUUUGCAGGCGUCGGAAGAAGGGCCCAUUAAUAUUGGUGGUUUGCAGCAAUUUGCAACCGAGAUGUUCAAGGAGAUGGGUGUGCGUCAAAUAGUGCCACCUAAUGUAGAACCCUUGCCGCAGCCAAAUAAGAAAAUUGCACUUUUAGGUGGUGGACCCGCUUCACUUUCUUGCGCCACUUUCCUAGCACGCUUGGGCUAUAAGGACAUAACAAUUUAUGAGAAACGAUCUUUCUUGGGCGGCUUAAGUUCAUCUGAGAUUCCACAAUAUCGUCUACCUGUUGAUGUUGUUAAUUUUGAGAUUCAAUUAGUUGAGGAUUUGGGUGUAAAAUUUGAGUUGAACCGCAGUCUGUCGACUAGGGAUUUGACCGUUAACGGUUUGCUUUCAACUGGUCAUGACGCCCUAUUUCUGGGCAUCGGUUUGCCAGAACCAAACGUGGAUCCGGUUUUUGCUGGUUUAAAUGAGUCUAUGGGCUUUUAUACAUCUAAAAACUUCUUGCCUAUCGUAUCGGCUGGUUCAAAGCCCGGGCUAUGUGCAUGUAAGGCCAGCCAACCUCUACCCUCGCUGAGUGGUAAUGUUAUCGUUUUGGGCGCUGGUGAUACCGCCUUCGAUUGCGCCACUUCCGCUUGGCGUUGUGGUGCCAAACGCGUUUUUGUCAUCUUCCGUCGGGGCACUACCGGCAUGCGUGCCGUGCCCGAAGAGGUGGAGUUGGCACGCGAAGAAUGGUGCGAGUUUCUACCAUUCUUGGCGCCUAGCAAAGUCAUCGUCAAGGAAAAUAAGAUACGUGCGAUGGAGUUCUUCCGUACCGAAAUCGAUGACAGCGGCCAACUAAUUGUAGAUAGAGAUCAACCUACAACCCUUAAGGCUGACUAUAUCAUUUCGGCCUUCGGCUCUGGCUUGACUGACACAGAAAUCAUUGAGGCCAUUAAACCAGUUGAACUCGAUCAGUGGAACCUACCCAAAGUGAAUCCAAAGACUUUACAAACUAGCAUACCGCAAGUUUUUUGUGGUGGCGAUUUGGGUGGACAAGCUAAUACCACAGUUGAGUCUGUAAACGAUGGCAAAAUUGCCGCUUGGAGCAUUCAUUGCCAACUGCAGGGACUGUCACUCGAUACUCCGCCUGAGUUACCACUUUUCUACACUGACAUCGAUAACGUCGACCUAACGGUUGAUUUAAUGUACGAGCGCACCGACAAGGAAACGGGCAAAAAAGAGAAACAUACACUCAGAUUCCCUAAUCCUUUUGGCUUAGCAUCCGCCCCACCUACAACAAGUUCAGCUAUGUGCCGACGCGCUUUCGAGCAGGGUUGGGGCUUUGUGGUUACAAAAACAUUCGGGCUUGACAAAGAUCUGGUCACCAAUGUAUCGCCACGUAUUGUGCGUGGCACCACCGCGGGCUAUAAUUAUGGCCCGCAGCAAGGUGCUUUUCUCAACAUAGAAUUGAUUUCGGAGAAACGCGCCGAAUACUGGUACCGUUCGAUACGCGAACUCAAGCGGGACUUUCCCAACCAGAUUGUUAUCGCGAGCAUAAUGUGCGCAGCUAUCGAGGAGGACUGGAAGGAAAUGGCCACCAAGGCUGAGGAAUGUGGUUCCGAUGCGCUUGAACUGAAUUUGUCUUGUCCGCAUGGAAUGGGCGAGUCAGGUAUGGGCUUAGCGUGCGGCCAGAUACCCGAAUUGGUGGAACAAAUUUCGAGAUGGGUCAGUGACACGGUAAAAAUACCAGUGUUUAUUAAAUUGACGCCGAACAUCACUGACAUUGUGAACAUUGCUGCAGCGGCGCAGCGUGGUGGUGCAGCAGGCGUAUCGGCCAUCAAUACUGUACAGGGACUGAUGAGUUUGAAAGCUGAUGCAACGGCAUGGCCUGCGAUUGGCGUUGAACAACGCACCACUUACGGGGGUGUGUCUGGGAACGCGACACGUCCCAUGGCGCUGAAGGCGAUAUCUUCAAUUGCAAAUACGCUGCCGGGAUUCCCCAUUCUCGGCAUUGGCGGCGCUGAUUCAGGCGAGGUGGCAUUACAAUUCUUGCAGGCUGGUGCCUCAGUGGUGCAAGUGUGCUCCGCAGUGCAGAAUCAGGACUUUACAUUGAUCGAGGAUUAUACGACCAGUCUGAAAGCACUGCUUUAUUUGGAAGCGAAUCCACCGCCAAACAAUACUCAACUAUGGGACGGGCAAUCGCCACCAACACCAAAACAUCAGAAGGGCAAGCCGGUGGUGCACUUGACGGAUGGCGACAACAAGACUUUAGGAUUCUUUGGCCCAUACAAGAAGCAGCGAGAAGAGAAACUAUAUGAGGGCAGAGUCAAGAAUGGUCCCUUAUGGAAUGCUAAAAAGGAAACUGCGACAUCAGGUGCUCUUGGUGCACCAAAACCUACACUCCGCGUAAACGAUAUUAUAGGUCGCGCCUUGAAUCGAAUUGGCGCCUAUAAAAAAUUGGACAACAAGCAACAGAAAGUGGCAUUAAUCGAUGAUGAUAUGUGCAUAAAUUGCGGCAAAUGUUAUAUGACGUGCAAUGACUCCGGCUAUCAGGCCAUACAAUUCGAUGCCGAGACGCAUAUACCACAUGUCACCGAUGAUUGCACCGGUUGUACGUUGUGUGUUAGUGUUUGCCCCAUUAUUGAUUGCAUCAGCAUGGUGCCAAAGAAGAUUCCGCAUAUUAUCAAGCGUGGUUGGGGUGAGAAUACACCUGUAUAUACGCAUGCGCUUAGUCAGAUGCAGUAACCAUCGGACAAACACUAAAUGUAAAACUGGUAUUGCGAUUUGCAAAAUAUCAUUUCCAUGGUCUGUAUGUAGUAUGUACAUACAUGGUAGUACUCAUAAGGGUUUGCUAAAUUUAAAUAUAUAUUUUCUAAUGUAUUUAGUAUUGAUUUUUAGCUCUUUGAAUAAGUUUUAAUUAAACUAUAAAUAAAUUGAUUUUAUUUCAAAUGAUUUUCACAUACAUAAGUAAGUGAUAUUUAGACUGUAAAUUCUAAAUAAAUAUACUAAUAUUUUCCAUUGUUCCAAGUA